CAUUGUUUCCCUUUCAGUGCGUGUAAGAUGCGGCUCCGGCUGUGAUGCCCCAGGGCGGUAUUGGGGCAUCAUGCCCCCGUUUUUCUUGAAGCGUUGGAUAUUCCUCAUUCAAUCUCAAUCAUUCAUUACGCCCCCCUCUCUCUCUCUCCUAUUAUCUUCUAUACCGGUUGAAAAGAGCAUUCGAAAGCCCUCAAUUUUUUGGCAACCUCUCUCUCUAUCUUCUCCCGCCUCACCACUGCCUCUGCCACGGCAAACGGCGACAUUCACCACGAAGGCCCCGCUGGCGAACACAACAUCCUCUACCGACGACCCGCCCUCCGAUCUGGAAUUCCGAUCGUCACUCGACGAUGCAUGGUACACCGCUCGGGUGGUGCUCGAAGAAAGUACCAACACGCUCGUCGUGGAGUUCGACAACUUCUACGAUUGGAAUGACAAGAGGUUCUCCGCCACGGGCUUUCCAAGCGCCAAGGCCGUGGACAAGUUCCUCGGGAGAGUGCGGCCGCUGUCGCAGCAGUUGCAAGAUGACCAGUGCUCCAGGGUCUUUGAAGGGAUGACUGUCUGUGCGUUGUUCAAGUUUGAAAAUGAUGAGACGCCGUUGUUGAAGCGAUUGCUCCUUUAGCGGAGUAUCCCGUGGUUCUGCUUUGGGUUAUGGACUAUCAAGAUCAACGUUGAAUUUUUAUUGUGGAUUCUCCGUGCUGCAAGUUGAACUUUUUGUUUGGUUAUCCAUUUGUUUGGAUACAAUUUGUUGUCCAUUUCUUUGUAUACCGUGCUUCAAUUUUUGGUUUUUCCCCUUGGCCUUGUUGUGUUUAAAGCCGCUAAUUGUGAAAUCGGCUUGCGAAUAUUGGAUGUCUUAUCACAAAUACUGAAUGUACUUACCACGAAUAAUGGAUGCACUUACUUAAAA